AUGGCGGCGCUGUGAAAGUAGACCUGGUCGGUGUUGCACAAUGGCAAAAAAGGUAGGUUACACCAGUCCCAAGGCGUUAGAGGGAGAGGAUACCUAGGUUGUGGGCCGAGCAAGAAAUUUUAUGAGCCAAUGUUUUUUUAUGAAGUUAGACAAUUGCUUAGUCCUUAGAUGGUUAAAAGCUUGUGAACUUUUUUUUAUUUUUUAUGUAAAUAAAACAUUAUUUAAUUGCAGUGAUACGGACUCAGAUUCAUCAUCUUCCUCUUCUUCCUCAUCCUUGUUGUCAGUAAUACUUAAAGUAGACGAAGGAGAUGAGCCAAAUGGAAUGAAUGAGAUCCCCUUGAAGACAAAGGAUGAAAUUCUUCUAGAUGUGAGUCUGUGUAUGUUUGGAUAUCAUAAGCUGGUUUAUUGUGUGUUCAUUGUGUUGGAUACUUUAGUGUUUUAGAUAAUCCAAUUUACUUAACUUGCAAUCUAGACUUUUUAUAAUUUUAUUUACUGUUAACGUGAAUCUGUCAUCAUUAAAAUGAUCAGCUUUCACUCUGGUAGGUAAAUCAGUUUAAAGGGACACUCUGAGCACAAAUUUUUUUUUUUUGUCUGCUUGUGCAUUUGAUUUCGGACAAAAUUCUGCCAUUAUUUUAGUUUUGCUAUUUCAUUCGGACACUUGUGGGAAUGCCAUAUUUAAAGGAAAACUAUAGGGUCAGGAACAAAAACAUGUAUUGAGGAGGCAUAGCUGCCUCUGCCGAUGUCCAGGCCAUUGCUCCUCAUAGAGGAACUUUGGGGACUUAAAGCAUGGUGAGCAUGCAUUCAAACUUCCCUAUAGGAAAGCUUUGACUCACUGCUUUGCUAUGGGGCUUCUGUGUUACGUGACCAUUUUACCCAGCCACUGGCGCAGAUCUGCCUUUAGUGGCUGUUAUACCGACAGUGGCUAGAGGUGCUCUUUACUCUACAAUGUAAAGGUUGCAGAGUUAAGAGGACAGGGACCAUUUAAUUGAGAAGAAACCUUCUGGUUAACUAUAGUGUCUAGGUUGUGUUUUUGCAUGCUCAAAUCUUUGUCUUUGCACAUGAGGCAGGCUUUUGGUGCCACAUUCUGCAAAAAAACAUUUAAUUUUCAUUAGCCACUCCAAAAGUCCAACCCCUUACCCCACUCCCCCCAUAUAAACCACAGUUUUGUAGAUCUGCUCCCAAUGAAUGCAUGCGUACAUUUUUUUUUUUUUGUAAGCCCUCCCCUAUUUUCCCAGAAUAGCCUUUCAGUCUCUUCACAGGAAAAUAACAGAUCAGAAGCCUCUCACUUAGUAAUCCCGUGUAUAUGGUUAUGUGCACGCACACGUGCCUGUUGUGUAGAGUGGUCCUUUAUAUGUGGGGAUAAAAGAUGUCAUUAUCAAAUCUGUAAACACACCUCUGCCACUAGUGAUCCGAAGAACAAAACAACCUAAAAUAGGAGGAGAGGACACCCAAAAAGACAUGAAAUGGGAUAUCACUCCUUUUUGGAAAUUUCUCUGUCUGCAGCCAGAUCGUAAAUUAAGACUGUGUGAUAUAUUUGAGUGCAACAUUCUGCAAAAAUAUGAAGAUUUGAUCAUAAGAUCAAAACCUAUUAAAUGCAUUAAUGUUUGGUGUAACGGACCGUUUCAGCACACAAGGGGUUAAAACCGUUUAGGCGAUCUUCCCCUUCCAGAGAUGCAGGCACAGCUUCUGUAGAACACCAAACUCCCGAACCGCAUGUAAGGGAAUGCUCCAAUCUCCCGAACUGCAUACAAUAUAGCACUCCAAACUCCCAAACUGGAACCAUACGAAUAGCUGCUAGCAGACAAAUAGGAAAAGCACCCAUGCGGCUUCCACUCCUAGCAAUCAGUCUCUAUCAGCAUUCAGUAAAUCCCCCCCCCCCCCAAAGACGAGACAAGGCUCCGUGUUGUGGGUCAAGCAGUGGUCUCUUUAAUGAGGGCUACCAGCCCAGUAUUUAUGCAGGUCUCACACCUGGUGCACACUCCCCUAGGGGACCAAAUUGGAGACUGUAACAAAGAACAGACAAGCAUCCAUCUAGGACACACAGUCACAUUAUAUUCCCACAAUGCAUCUUGGCUUCCUCCUCUCUGCCCUGGAGAUAAUUGAGAAGUAAUUCAAUUAUCUCUCAGGACAAAGGCAAAUCGCCAUUAUGCACGUGGGGAUACCAAUACAAGAAUUACUGUUAAAAUCCCCCAUGUUAGAAAGAUCACAAUACAUAUAUACAUUUAACAUAUCCCCAGAUAGCUCAGGUCUGAGCGCACAUUAUUAAGCGAAUGGCGCUUGUAAAGGAUCCUUCUAUUCGUGCAGCAAUGAUCCUUGCAGCUUCUCCCGAAAUCCAGCUUAUACGAAGUGAUUAUAACUCCCAAUCCCCCAAACAUGAGUCGAGACUUCAUGAAGGGGUAAAACGAUCUGAUUUACUGUGGGCUACCCGCCCGGUAUUUAUGCAGGUCUCCCACCUGGUGGACACUCCCCUAGGGGACCAGAUGGAAGACUUGUCAGGCUCCCGCGGGCGGCUGCGAAGGGAGGCUGCACUCCGCUCGCAGUACUCACCCUCCAGCCGUCCGCGGUCCCCUCCGCCUCGUGGGUACGGCGAGCGGCAUCCUUCCAGCCUCGGAUGCCGCCCGCCGUUCCCUCCACGUCCCCCAGCGGCAGCAGCAUGCAUGACGCUGCACGCUGGGAGACCGCCCAGGUUUAUACACGCCGGGGUCAGUCACCUGACCCGGCGUUAAAGGCACAGUGCCUCAAUCACAGUGGGAGGUCUAAAUAUCUCCCACGUGUGAUUGUUAAUUCUGAUUGGAAAUUAUUCAAUCAGAAUUAACCUGAUGGUUUAAAUACUUACCUUUCCUGUUCCUCCCUGCCCUGUUGUGGUCUUUGCUUGCUAGUAUUGCUACUUACCUUGUGCUUCUGGUUACGUACUCUCUGGCUUGUUUAUCUGACUCUGUGACUUUCUCCUACCCUUUGACCUCGGCUCGUUUCACGUUAUUCUGUCUUCUGGUUCCCCUUUACUCGGCUUGUCUCCUGACUAUUCUGUGUGUGCUUAGCCCGGCCACUCUAAGGUCCGGUACGACAUCCAUUUGGUGAUGAAUCCACGCUCCUAUCCCACUGACAGAUCUAAAAUUGCCUUUUUGAUAAACCACUUGUCCGGGAGAGCUUUAGCAUGGGCCAACCCCAUUUGGGAAAAUACGUCUCCUAUGUCCUUUGCAGAUUUUCUGACAGCUUUCAGACUCACGUUUGAUCAACCCGGUAGGGUUGCUUCUGCUGGCAAGGCUCUGCUUAGGGUCCGACAGGGUAACAGAUCUGUAGCAGAUUACACUAUCGAAUUUCGUACUCUAGCAGCUGAAGUGGUUUGGAAUAAUGACGCCCUCGUAACAGCCUUUCAGGAGGGUCUGGCCGCGUAUAUACUGGAUGAAAUAGCAUCCAGGGAAUUACCUGCUCUUCUAGAUGAUGUUAUAGACUAUGUGAUUCUUAUAGAUAACCGUAUUAGAGAGAGGCGUAGCCAAAGACGGUUGGAUACACAGGUGUUACCUGCUCUACCCAGUACUUCCCUGCUAGCGUUACCCGCUCCUGUGCAACCAUCCCCUGAACCCAUGCAGUUGGGUGCUACGGGGUUAACUGAGGCCGAAAGAGCGUACCGUAGAAGGGAAGGGUUAUGCCUUUAUUGUGGGAAGAGGGGGCAUCACUGUAAAGCCUGCCCUAAAGUACAGGGAAACUGCAGCACCUAAGGCCUAGAGAGGGGUCGGCCUCGGGUGUUAUGACUUUGUCCCCUCUUAUGUCCAUCUCCAGACCGUUUAUUACGGUUUCUCUUUUGGUCAAUAAAACCACUAUAACAACCAAAGCCCUGAUCGAUUCGGGUGCGGCAGACAACCUUAUGGAUGAGACCUUUGCCAAAACCACAGCCCUGAAUUUGAUCCGAAAGGAGACACCCUUGGCCGUUGAGGCCAUAGAUGGUAGACCACUGGAGAAGCCUCUGGUGACCCAUGAAACCCAGGAAAUAGUUAUGUCUGUGGGUGUUUUGCACAAGGAGAAGUUAACCUUCCAAAUAAUUGACUCCCCAACAGCCUCCAUCGUUCUAGGUUUUCCCUGGUUAGUUAAACACAACCCUGUUCUUGAUUGGGGUUGUUUAGACAUACUCUCCUGGGGGGAAUCUUGUCAGCGAGACUGUAUGGCUCAUGUGCGUCCUGUCUGUUUACUUAACGUGCCCACGGCUAAACCACUCUCGGUUUCUGUUCCCUCUGUUUAUGCAGACCUUGCCUUGGUUUUUGAAAAGAGGGAGGCAGAUAAGCUACCUCCACAUCGUGAGUAUGAUUGUGCCAUAAACCUCUUACCGGGCACUAUGCCUCCUAGGGGAAAGGUCUACCCUCUUUCUGAAAAAGAGAACCAGAUCAUGGAGGAGUACAUACAGGAAUCCCUAAGAAAAGGUUUUAUUAGAAGGUCCUCCUCUCCUGCUGGUGCUGGUUUCUUUUUUGUGGCUAAGAAGGAGGGCGAUUUGAGGCCAUGUAUAGACUACAGGGGUCUGAACAAUAUAACGGUUAAAAACGCCUACCCUAUCCCCCUCAUCACUGAGUUGUUUGAUCGUGUUAAAGGUUCUAAAUUCUUCACCAAAUUAGACCUCAGGGGGCUUAUAACCUUGUCCGUAUAAAGGAGAAUGACGAGUGGAAGACAGCGUUCAACACACGCAGUGGGCAUUACGAAUAUCUGGUCAUGCCUUUUGGAUUGUGUAAUGCUCCUGCCGUGUUUCAGGACCUCAUAAAUGAUGUCCUUAGGGAUCUUUUGCAUGUCUGUGCUGUAGUGUACCUUGACGACAUACUUGUGUAUUCUCCUGAUUUGAAGUCACACCAUAACCAUGUUAGGAUGGUGCUCAAAAGGCUAUUGCAGAGCGGACUCUACUGUAAGUUAGAAAAAUGUUUAUUCGAUCAGACCUCUGUGCAAUUCCUAGGAUAUAUCAUUACUGAACAGGGUUUCAGUAUGGAUCCUGCUAAAUUGGAAGCUAUAAUGUCCUGGCCACUUCCCCAAGGACUAAAGGCUAUCCAGCGUUUUAUAGGAUUUGCCAACUAUUAUAGGAAAUUUAUAAAAAACUUUUCACCACUCAUAUCUCCCAUAACGAAGUUGACAAAAAAAGGUCUACACCCUAGGGUUUGGACUCCUGAAGCCCUUAAGGCCUUCGAAACCCUCAAGAAGGCAUUUGCCUCUGCUCCAGUGCUGCACCACCCUGAUCCUUCUCUUCCUUUUGUUAUGGAAGUAGACGCCUCGGAGUCAGGUGUGGGAGCCGUACUGUCACAGAGGUUGUCUUAUGACAAACCCCUCCAUCCCUGUUGUUAUUUUUCUAAAAGGUUGUCUGAUUCAGAGAAGAAUUACAAUGUUGGGAACUAUUAGCUAUUGUGUUAGCUUUCAAGGAAUGGAGGUACUUAUUAGAGGGUUCUAGACACAAAAUUAUGGUUAUAACAGAUCAUAAGAAUCUAUCCUAUAUUGCUGAUGCUAGAAGGUUAUCUGCCCAGCAGGCUAGAUGGUCUCUAUUUCUCUCACGCUUCCAAUAUGUUAUCACCUAUAGACCUGGUUGCCGUAAUGUCAAAGCUGACGCUAUCUCUCGGCAGCAUGAACCAGUAGAAUUUGUUAACCCGACUCCUGAACCUAUUGUACCUGCGUCUCAGAUAAUAGCUGCUACCCGUUUGGUUGUUUCUUCACCUUUCCUUAAUAGUAUUAAGACAUAACAAACCCAGGCACCCCCUGAGACGCCGGUUGGUAAACUAUACGUUGAAGCUAAUGACAGAAAAAAGUUGUUAACUUUAUUUCACACAGCCAAAACUGCUGGUCAUCCGGGGGUUACCAAAACCUACAAGGGCCUCCUUCAACAGUUCUGGUGGCCUUCACUCAAGCGAGACGUAGUGGAUUUUGUUCAGGCUUGUCAGGUCUGCACGCAAUGUAAGUCCCUUAAUGUGAGACCCCAGGGUUUUCUGAUGCCUCUAUCUAUACCCAAGAAACCAUGGACCCACUUAUCCAUGGAUUUCAUUGUAGACCUGCCUCUUUCUGAUGGUCAGACGGUGAUACUGACUGUGACGGAUAGGUUCUCUAAAAUGGCGCACUUCAUUCCGCUUAAGAAACUGCCUUCUGCGGUUCAGUUAGCUCAGGUGUUUGCCAAAGAAGUGUUCCGAUUGCAUGGGGUACCCCAGGAUAUCGUAUCUGACAGGGGCCCUCAAUUUGUCUCUCGGUUCUGGAGGGGCUUUUGUGCUGAGAUGGGGGUCUCCUUGUCGUUCUCUUCCUCCUAUCACCCGCAAUCUAAUGGUGCGGCCGAACGUGCUAAUCAGUCUGUGGAAUUGUAUUUGCGCUGCUUCACUAAUGCGCACCAGGAUGACUGGUCUCGCCUUCUUCCGUGGGCUGAAUUUGCCAGGAAUACGGUGUCUCAUUCGUCUACUGGCUUAAGUCCUUUUGAGGUUGCUUAUGGGUUUCGUCCUUCUGUCCUUCCCGGUGCGUUCUCCGACAAGGGAAUGCCCGCCUUGGACCAGCACCUCGCCUCUUUGCGGAAGACGUGGGAUCAGGUCCAUGUUGCGCUGUCUCGUUCAGCAGCUGCUCAGAAGAAGUUUGCUGAUCGCCGUAGGGUUGCGGCCCCUUCUUAUCUUCCGGGUGAUAGGGUAUGGUUGUCCUCCCGGAACCUCCGUCUCAAGGUUCCCUCGAUGAAAUUUGCCCCCAGGUUUCUUGGUCCCUUAAAGGUGUUACGUAGGGUUAACCCCGUUUCCUACUCCCUUGAUCUGCCUCCUUCCAUGCAUGUCCCGAACACGUUUCACGUAUCGCUUUUGAAGCCCUUGCUGUGUAACCGGUUCUCUCGUCCCCUCGGGCGGCCCGUUUCCCUUCGAGCUGUCUCUGACGACGUGUACGAGGUGGCUGCCCUUCUCGACUCUUGUGUUUCUAGGGGUCGGCUGCAAUAUUUGGUGGACUGGAAGGGGUACGGCCCUGAGGAGCGGUCCUGGGUUUCAAGCUCCGAUGUGCACGCUCCCUCUUUGGUCCGCUCCUUUCAUGCCCGCUUUCCUUUGAAGCCUUCCGCUUCCCGCCCCCUGGGCGGUCUUCGAGGGGGGGGUAAUGUCAGGCUCCCGCGGGCGGCUGCGAGGGGAGGCUGCACUCCGCUCGCAGUACUCACCCUCCAGCCGUCCGCGGUCCCCUCCGCCUCGUGGGUACGGCGAGCGGCAUCCUUCCAGCCUCGGAUGCCGCCCGCCGUUCCCUCCACGUCCCCCAGCGGCAGCAUGCAUGACGCUGCACGCUGGGAGACCGCCCAGGUUUAUACACGCCGGGGUCAGUCACCUGACCCGGCGUUAAAGGCACAGUGCCUCAAUCACAGUGGGAGGUCUAAAUAUCCUGACUAUUCUGUGUGUGCUUAGCCCGGCCACUCUAAGGUCCGGUACGGCACCUUUUGUGUGUGUGUGUGUGUGCCAGCGUGUUGGGUUCCCCGAAUCGUGACAAGACUGGGACAAAAGUAUCACAGUAGCCAAUCACAGUGACUAUAGCAUAAGCACUCCCCUUUUACCUAAAUCACUCCCUCUUUUCCACCCUGGAGAUAAUUAACUUAAGUGAGUAAAAAGAGUCUUAAUUAUCUCCAGGUAGAAAGAAACAUGGCUUUUCUUAUUUUAGCAAAACCGUAUAAAAAUCUAUAACUUUCAUUUUACAUAACAUAAACUUUAAGUCUCACAUAUCCCCAGAUAGCUUGGAUCUGAGUGCAUAUUCUAGGUGAAUAGCGCUCAGAUCCCACGAACACAGUUCUCAGAAACGUUGACUGAAGUUUGGCUUUUGCCGGCCGUUCGUGUGAUUGUAGCCGACUACAAGUUCCAUACUGUAGCUAUCUGGGGUCGGUUACUUUCACAUACAUCCAGCGCACGAAUGAAGCAGCAUCUCCGUCAUUCGUGUGUGUUUCCACCGUACGAACGAGGAUUUGAAGAGGUAGCCGCGGUGUUCGACAAAAUAAGGAGCGAAAUUAGUUCCAGGGAAUCCUCGCCAUUUACCGCUGAGCGUUCGACAAUCCAAAAUGGCGAUUGCCACGUGUUCGCUAAAUGAAAGCGGACCACCAGCUAUUCCCCAAUUAGUCUGUGGUUAACCGCAUCAGUCUGGGUGGUUAAUAGGCACCACACGACCUCGGUGGGAGGUCGGGUGGUUCGGUAGUUCAUUCGUUUUUCUCGCUAUUUGCACCAAAUCACUCUAUAACCAUCCAAAUAACCGAACAGGCUGGUUCACAUGGUCUGUUUUAAUAAGGGAUUUCGUUACAGCGCUCAGACCACACGAAUACAGUUUAAUCGCCAUGGAGCCAAAGUGUUCACAAAGUCAGUUCUCAUACGAAUGAGCUCCACGGGAUUCCUAUCUGGGGUAUGGUGUAGUCAGGUACAACUACCGAAUACAGGCCAUUCGUGCACUUCUACCGAACAAGAAGGGAGGUCGACGGCUUCAGCGGUGUUCGUGCCAAAAUGCAUCCGUUUUCAGUUCCAUGAGUUGGGCGUCGAACACCGCUGUGCGUUCGCGUGUUUAAAAUAGGCCGCGACCUCGUGUUCGGUAUACGAAUGGCGGCCACCCAGUAUUCGUCAAUUAAGCUGCGGUUAACCGCAUCUUCUGGGAGGCUAAUUGCCGAAAUAAACUCCAGCUCCCAGGUGGUCCAGUCAUUCCUGUGUUAGUUCGGUAGAUUGGAUCUACCGAAUACCGGGCAGAAAAGCACGAAUAAGUCUUUUCUGCAAGGGAAACAAAGUCUUUUAACAUGGGGCCAUAAUUCAAAGGUAACAGGCGAGCAACCAGGCUUCUCCAGUGCAAUGUGGCGAGAUUGCUCUUGUCACAUUUGGUGCCUUGAAUGUCCCUUUAAUAUUGUGAAACUUACACAUUGUGUUACCUACAGCCUACCAAGUCCUUGAAGAUGGCCUUGGACUUCUUAAAUAAUUUGACUAGUUACACUGGUGGGCACUCUUUUCCCCAUAGCUACUUCAGCAAACUGGGGUUGUUAUGGUGCUUGAAGUAUGACUUUUUAAUUACAUCCAUUUAGUAUAUGGGAAGUAGCCAAGCUGAAACUGUAUCUUGUUACUUAUAGCUAUAUGUGGUCAUAAAUCUGUUUAGGAUAUGUCAAGCAAUUUAAUAUCCAAAUAACAUGUGCUAUAUGUUUUUAUGUAUUUUAAUAAAUUUUUCCGUCUGGAUAAUUUAAUAAAUUCUCUGCAUUCAUUUUCUGAAGCAGCCAAAUACGUUUUGAAAAUGUGUAUAAAAUGCAGCAGAAAAUGGAAUGCCAAGUGGUACUAUUUCGCCAAGCCUCUUAGAACACUAGUGCAUGAAAUGGAAAAAAUUCUUAAGUUCUGUUGAGGGAUGACAUAGCUUGACAAAUCGCAGGUGCACACAAGCCAUAGCUUCUAACAUCAGAACAAUUUUUUCCUCUUUCCUCUACUUGCAAGACAAAUAAUUGUUGGCGCUUGAAUAUGUUUUUCUGGCCAUUGAACUUUGAAAACAAUUGUCAACUCCUAAGGUAUGACACAUGUCCUGUAUAAUUGUAUAUGUAAUCUACACACUAUGCUAAAUUGUAAUGAUAGACUUGUAUAUUCCCAUCUUGCAAUAUGCAUUUUUUUAAAAAUCUGUAUGGUGAAGUAUUGGGGUUGUCAGUAUGGCUUUUUUUUUUUUUUAACCCCUAAGCACUUCUUUGGACCGCUAUUCUGCCCAUGUGAUUGUAACAUCAUCGCAAUCACAUGGCCUGGGAGGGCUGGAUCAGCCGCAAUGAAACCGCCUAAGAUGCCAGGCAAGUCCACCCCCCCACCCCCCUUCAUGAUUGGCGGCGAUCGGGUAAGUGGGAAGGAUGGCGUAAACGCCCACCAGCGUUUAGGACCGGGUCCCAAAGGACAGUAUAGUAUGCACCCAGUCCUUAAGGGGUUAAAGGAAGACUUCAAAGACCAUAACAACUACAGUUUGUUGUAGCUAUGGUGUUAGCAAUGUAAGAAGUCAAACCAUUUUUCCUCAGUUUAACUUCUUACCUGAGGUCUGCUGGGUGCUGCUACCAGGAUAUUACCUCUUGAAGGAAAACUCCAAGCGCCAUAACCAUUAUAGCUUGCCAAGAGCUGCUCACUGUCUCCAUCCACUUCUUUUUUUGCUCUCAUGAGCCAAGAGGUGCUCAUGAGAGAACCGGGAACUUGAUGUGCAUAUGCGGCAAGUAUUGAUUUGAGUUUUCUUAUAAGAAAACAUUGAAUCAAUGCUUUCCUAUUGGGGCCGCAAAUUCACUCGACCAAGUUUUAUUUGGUCGUUUCAGCAGUAGCACCUCCAGUGGCAGUGUUCAACCCUUCAAGGUAAACAUUGCGGUUUCUCUAAAAUGGUAAUAAUUUACCUUGAUUGGGUAUAUUGACAGGACCACUUCCCCUAGGCUACUUCAUUGAUGAAGUGGCCUUGAUGACUUUAGAGGUCUUUUAAUGUAGGGGAUGGUCUGAAGGUAAAAAAAUCAAUUGUCCAAAGGGGAAAAAAAAAUGAUUAAAGCAAGUGCAUGUGAUAAAACUUUCUAGGAAAACAUGGAGCCAUAAGUGACUCAUUUAACCAUGAUUUGGUUAUGAUUUCAUUGACACCUAAAGGUUCCAUAUAAAGUUUGGUGGUAUCUAUAUGUUGUUACAGGACAGUGUGUAAAAUUGACAUGCUGUCAUAAAAAGUCAGUGACUGGAGGAGUCCCAUAUAUUUAAUUGUUCUUCUCUAGUAACAUUAUUUCUGUUUGCUGCUGGGUUACUAAUUCACUCAUGACUGCAUGAGCAGUAUUUAUUUGCAAAAACAAAAAAGUUGUCCAUGAAAACUUGACAAAGGUGGACGGACCUUCACUUGUAGUCUAUUUUGGUGGUCAACUCUGACAUGCACAACAUGGUUAAAAGAAACAGAAAAAAAACAGAAUCGCACUAUUUACCUCAUCAUUUGCCAAUUGAUAUUAAAAUAAUGAGCACAUCAUUAAGCCAUUAUUAUUUUAAUUAUCCAAUUAAAAUGUUUAGUGCAAUUAAUGAUCUGCUUGAGCUAAAACAGAACAUUUAAAAAUAUUUGAAAUAAGCUACGGUUCAUAUAUACAAAACAUUAGAGGCUAAAUCAGGAAAUAUUUUCCACUUAUCCUUGUUUUUUUCUUUGUUUUUUUUUCCUUCCUCUUUCUUUAAUAGCAGGUCAGCGAUCUUACGUAAUUAUAUCAAGUGUUUUAUUUUUUCUCUUUAUUAUCAAGGUAUUAUGAUAAACAAUCCAUGCUUGGUACAACGGAAACAUUAAAAGGUUAUUCAGUAAUUGUCAUAGAAACCAUAAAAUUCAACAACACUCAUUGAAGUGUAUAUAUAAAGUAAACUCCUAACAGUUCCUGUGUUUUUAUGCUUCAUGACAGUGCUGCAUCCUUUUUUUUUUUUUAAGGGCUGCAAAGUCUGAAGACCAACCCCUGGCCUCUAUCAUAUAUUCUGGAUGGGUUGUUUUAGAGCGUUUUUGUUUGUGUUCAUGUACUGAAAGGGUUAAAUAGGUCAGCACUGGUAUGCCUAAGAUUAAUGGGAGUUAAACACUUGAGUAGCACCGACAUCACUAUGACUGCAGCUAGAAAUAGCUGCAACCCAGGACUAUACCUUCACUAAAUUUAGCACCAGAGUAAACUCCUCCUCUAAACCCUUAGUGUAAUAUAUAUUACACUGCACUGAAAGGAACCAGUCUUAAAAGAUGUGUGCUUAGUGGCAUGUUUUUAUUUUGUUUAUUAUUAUAGAAAAGUAGUCAUUAGAAGUUGCUUUGAAAACAGUCAUAAAGGGAUACAAGCUCAGCAUUAAAGGAACACUAUAGUCACCUAAAUUACUUUAGCUAAAUAAAGCAGUUUUAGUGUAUAGAUCAUUCCCCUGCAAUUUCACUGCUCAAUUCACUGUCAUUUAGGAGUUAAAUCACUUUGUUUCUGUUUAUGCAGCCCUAGCCACACCUCCCCUGGCUAUGAUUGACAGAGCCUGCAUGAAAAAAAAACUGGUUUCACUUUCAAACAGAUGUAAUUUACCUUAAAUAAUUGUAUCUCAAUCUCUAAAUUGAACUUUAAUCACAUACAGGAGGCUCUUGCAGGGUCUAGCAAGCUAUUAACAUAGCAGGGGAUAAGAAAAUCUUAAUUAAACAGAACUUGCAAUAAAGAAAGCCUAAAUAGGGCUCUCUUUACAGGAAGUGUUUAUGGAAGGCUGUGCAAGUCACAUGCAGGGAGGUGUGACUAGGGUUCAUAAACAAAGGGAUUUAACUCCUAAAUGGCAGAGGAUUGAGCAGUGAGGCUGCAGGGGCAUGUUCUAUACACCAAAACUGCUUCAGUAAGCUAAAGUUGUUCAGGUGACUAUAGUGUCCCUUUAAUACUCAUGCUGUUUUAUUCGAGCAAUGCAAAGUUAAGUGUGUGACAAGAUACGGUAUAUUCUCGACACAAUUACACCGCAAUCACAUCCUUCUAGACAGCACAAAAUGGAUCAAUUGAUUCAUGUCAAGUAUGCCAAAUUCCUCCACUAAAUGCUUUAGUGUAGCAUUGUUGGCUUAAAAACUCAGAAGCAAUUGGACUGCAGAUAUUCCACUACCAUGUUAGUAACAGACAGCAAUAAGGGGGUGGGGUGACAUCACAAGAGGAGGUUCAAGCUGCAGGGACAAAUGCAGGAACAACUUGGCCUCUGUGCUAGAUGAUUUAUUUUUUGUUUUUUAACUUUUAUUUUUUUUUGACUUUUUUUUUUCCCCCGUAUUGUUUUGUUUAGCUUUUGCAAUAACCUUUUGAUAACGAAGAGCUGUGCACAAUAAAGAUUUAUAAUUAAACAGUUCUAAAAAUAAGCAUCUGCAACUGUGCAUAAACCGGUAAAUAAAAGUAUAGAAAGCACAACAUUCUCAUUUUCAAUUGUUUUAGCCCCAUGGCUUUGACUAAGCAGGAACAAAAAGAUGAGACUGAAAAGAGAUGGUUGCAAUAUAGAUUUGGAUGAAAAAGUAAUUUAAAAGGUAACACCACAGUUGCUUUACUAAAACAGGAGUGGGUGGGAAGGAGACAACAGAACAAAAAAUUAACAAUGGUGUCUCUCAUCUCGUUAGGGGUGGGAGGAGACUAAGGGAAAAGGCACACCAGCAUGCCUUUUCCCUUAGUCUCUCCAUACCCUGUCCUCAACCCAGCCUUUUCUCCUUAAGCAUCCAUUGUCAGGCUAUUGCACAUGAGCAAAAUGCCACUCUCGCCCAUCAGCAUCCACUCAUAGAGAUGCAUUAAAUCAAUGAGAUUGGCAGCGCUCAGCAUUGUGCAGCACUGACCCAUGAAGCAACUCUAGUGGGAGUCUUAAUGACUGCCAUUAGAGAGGUUUCUAGGCAGUAAUGUAAGCACUGCCUUUUUUCUGAAAAGGCUGUGUUUACAUUAAAAAGCCUCCAUCAACAUACAGUUGACACCAGAACAACUACAUUAGGCUGUAGUUACUCUGGUGAUUUUAGUGUCUUUUAUGGGGGAUUUGGCCAUGAUACUGGAAACUUAUCUGGAACAGAAUUUGGGCAAGUGUAGUGCAGAGAGGACUGACUCCACACCUGCAGUAUGGUUUUCCAAACUACCACUGCUACUGUAGCUAAAAUAAAAAUAAAUUGUGAGAACUGAUAGUUGAAUAGACAAAGUAAAGGAAGCAAAGUACAUUUGGAUCGAAGUCCAGAAAGAUUUAAUUAAUAAUUGUGGCGGCCUACUCGUUAGUAGCUUGGAUGUCGCCAACAAGGUCCCCUUCUCCCUUUUAUUGCUAUAAAAUUAAUUUAAAAAUCUAAUAUUAAUAAAAUUAUUGAAAAAAACUAUUUUAAAGUCCUUUUUUAUUUCGUUUUUUGGCCAACGGCAUUGUGACAAAUGCCCUGUGGUCUGGUAGUUUGCCACAAGCUCCUGGAGGAGACUGCUAGCCAUCCUCUCCCGUCCCUCUUAGUGUUCUUUCCUCCCUCCUCCCCAGACCAGUAGUGUUCUUCCCCCCCCUUCCUCCCCAGUCCCAGUGUUCUUUCACCCCAUCCCUUGUCCCAUAGUGUUCUUUUCUCCUCCCCUCCUCUGCCCUAUAGUGUUCUUUUCUCCCCCCCUCCUCUGCCACAUAGUGUUCUUUUCUCCCCCCCUCCUGUGCCCCAUUGUGUUUCCCCCCCCGAUCCCAAGUUUAGUAUUCUUGACUUUUCAUGUUAUCAUUACUAUCUUCCAUUGUGAUAUAUAAUCAUCUGAAUUGUUAAUGCAAUCAUGUCUGUUAAACUAUUCACUAAAAAAAUACUUUUUUUGUGUGGCAACUUUCACCUGUUUUCAGCCAAAACAGGAUAGGCCCAUUUUCAGAUGAAAAUGUUGGUGCAUACCUACCCAGAACGGAGUCGUCUGGUUACUGGGAGGGGAAAGGGCUAAUCACUACUCUAGCUUGUUUCAGUGUGGAGGAUUCAACGGGGAAAGUCCUUGUAAGCGUUGUCCAGUGCCUGGGGGUGGAUAGAGCGAGUCCCCCAUUCGGCUCUAGGAUGGAGCAGUUCCAGGACCCCAGUCAAGCCACAGCAACUGUGAGCAGAAGUGCUGCUGUUUGUCCUCUGUUCCAGCUAGGAAGUGGUUCUUGGCAGAGGUACAGCUGCUGAAUUUUUGGUUCCGGCCCAGAAUUUUCAUUUUGGUGCAUCCCUAAUUAUAAUAAGUUCAUAUGUAGCUACUUGCUAUGUACUGCUUGCGUAUUUGUUUUUUGUUUUUUAAAAGUGAUCUGUAUUGCCUGUUUUUCAAGUUUUAAAUUCUGAGUGUCUUUAUUUAUAAAAAAAAAAAAAAAGAUGCUCUUUCUAUAGCCAUAAAUUGUUUUAAAAUGUUAGUCUGUCCUUUUUCCAGGAACUGCCAGCCAUUGAAGAAUGUUCUAUUAUUUUACCUGAAGAUGUUGAACUGAAACAGUUUGGGAUCGUCUCAAGCAUUAUUGAACAACUAGGUAUGCUUACAUGCAUUUUAAUGUGAAGUUACUUUUUUAAGUUAACAUAUAUCUCAGCUAUCCACCCAUUUACUCUCAUCUCCCAUGUGUCGUUCAGCGUGAGCCUCCUUAUCGUUGCCUUUUAUUGCAUGUCUCUCUCCCACCCCCUUUUUUCCCUUCUUGGAUGGAUUAGAUUGGCCGAAUGGCUCUAUGCCGUUACAUUCUAUAUUUCUAUGUUUCUGUCUUUCGCAAUAUCUCCUUUGUGUUUGUCAUUCCUGAACAAAUGUAUUUACACAAUUGUUCUCCAAAACUGUUUCAUUGUGUCCUAUGUUUGGAAAAAGCACAUAAUAAUAUAUACCAGGUUUUAGGCAACUGCCCAUAGUUUUCUACAGUUUACUAUGUGUCGUCUUGUGUUUUGGGAAUAAGCUAUAAUCAGAAGUGAGACUUUCUUCUGCUUUAAGAAUCUUCCUACUGAGCUACUCCGCCUGCGUACUGAGCUCUGCUGUGUGUUACCCUUUACCAAGUGUCAUCUGAUGUUUGGGGAAAGAGCUGUAUCACUUCAGUGCUGUAUUUUCCAGCAAGAGGAAACUUUUAACAGAGGUAAUCUGCCAGAGUACUGAUGCUCCAUCAAAACAUCUUCAUCUCAGUGUCCCUAGGCGUCUUUUUACUUUACAGACUUAAGCCAUUUUCCAACAAUUUAACACUGAAGCUGUCCCCUGAAGUUGUUAGUGGGGCUUAGCGACUCUUAAGUGCUUAGAGAGGCACUUUAAAAAUAACACUCAAUCAUACCUAAUAAUCUACUUACGCUCACCAAAUACAUAAACAUAAUUAUCCACCUUAAUGUAUACAUACACACAGUGAACACUAUCUGAGGUCUUGAUAAAGUCCUGUGAGGACAAAACGCGUUUACCAGGAAUUUGAGUCUAUUAGUGGAUGGUUCAAAGGGCAAAUCACUUUAACCGUGUGGAACACUGCGUCUUUUACUGAGGUUUACUCUGACUUUCAGGUUGACCGCAGGCGGCCAUCGACUGAUCGUUAUUGUUGGAAGCAUUGACCAGUAUUAGCUGAUUACGACUUCAGGAGGAAUUUGGAUUUGCAUGUGCUACACUGGGCUGAGCCGUCAGAUACUGCUGUAGUUGCUUUCCUUUUCCCUGGAUAUAUAACUAGGACACAUUAUCAGGCACAUUGCAAGCUAACUAUUAUAUUUAUUAGACAUGUGCAUUAGUUUUCGGACGAAUAUAAUUUAGUCCGAAAUGUCAGACUUUUUCAUGUUCAUUUACUAAAACAUAAACGAAAGGCUUACAUACGAAAUAUAAACAAAAAGAAAGGGCAAAUGCCGAAUGCAUUACAUUUUCGCUUUAGCUCUUUUGUUUAAUAGACUCCGUUCUGCAGGGGAAUUAAUCCCCACAGCACGGAGGAGAAACAAAAACCGCUGGUUCUCCCUGCAGCCUGAGACUUGACCCGUGCAGGGCUGCAAGGAGACUAUUACAAACACGGGUUAAGUGACUUAACCUGUGCUUGACGAAAAUAACACUGCGCAUGCUCCAAAAAAAGAAAGAUGGAGUUGGCAGCGCUACCAGCUCCCUCCUUGUAAUAAAUAAUAUAAUCCUGGAUGUUAAGAGAUCUUUGCUGCAAAAGUACAAGGUCCUUUAGGGAGUUUAACAAACUUUUUAUCUUGUUUCAUAGUCCUAGAAAAAGGUUUUAUGGCAUCUAAAGGCUCUCUGGCCAGAUGGUUAAAAUACUCCAUUCGUUUGGCUUAUUCCUCAUCUAACGUUCCUACACCUAUCUCCAUUAAAUGCAAAAUGUAGAUAAGGACUAGCGCUUGUUUCUAACUGUAUGAUAUAACAAUAUAUACAAAAACAAACAAUCAUAUAUAAAAAUGAGCAGCUAAACAUUCAUGUGACUCCUUACAAUAUCACUAGACAAAUGUACAAACAAAAAUAGAAAAAGAAUGUAGCGCUUUAAUAAUAAAGAAUGUAAAUAUCACCUUAUUUUAUGUAAGGGAGGAAAAUUCUCACUUAGGUCCCAAAUAAGUAGAGAUCUAUAAAAGAUAAUCACAGCAUAGUGCAGAUGGUAGAUAGCAAAAACAUAUAUAUUUAUGUAUAAAUUAUAAACACUCACAAACCAAGAGCUGCGAACUCAGCUCUAGUUUGAAUCACUUCUGGGUCCGUGUAGGCGACCCACCUCUUAAAUAGAUGAAUAGUUUGUCCUGAAGGGGAAUAGAUAUACAAAAGAUUGCGCAGUAUAGUUGGUGAAUUUAAAAUGAAAAAUAAAUUUCCCAAAUGGGUACUUACAAGCAAGGAGUCAGAAUUAACUCAGUAUCUAGGCAUUGUGCAGACUAGGGGCUGCACUCCCAUUAGUAGAGUGACUAAUGUGGAACCAGGAUUAUGUUGGUAAAAUAUAGCAAAUUUAUUGACACAAUCUAUAAAAUAAAAUGAAAAUGGCACAAUGUCCAAAUAAAACCGGUACGCGUUUCACCACUCACAUAUCUCCAUUAAAGCUCAUUCUACUAGAGCUAUGUCCACAUCUUGGGCUCUGAGGGCUUCAGCUAACCUUCUUAAAUUUGUUCUGCAGGCACCUUGUCAUCUUUUCACACAUUUGCUAAACAUUACAAAUUACAUACUGGCUUCGGAAGAUGCAACUUUUGGGCACAAGGUGUUACAAGCAGUUGUGAAAUGAGUCCCUACCUUAGGGGAUUGCUUUGGAUAUCCCUGUUGUAAAGCAAUGCCUCUAAUCUGCAGGGAAAAGCAUACAUUUUUUUACUUACCGUAAAUUUAUUUUUCCUGAAGAUUAGAGGCAGUGCUCCCUUUCCACCCCUGAUUUUCUAAUAAACUAAAUUUUGCAGUUAUCAGGCUGUUGUCUUUUCUGGGGCUAUUUGAGGUAAGAGGCACUUUAUAGUGCCAAAUGUAAUUUGGGGGAGAUAUUUAAAAAUGUAGGGGUUUGCCUGCCUGUUUUUCCCUCCAGAUUAGAAAUCCCUGUUGUAAAGCAAAAUUUAUGCUUUCUUAUCUUCUGAAAUUUUCUGAAUGCCACUUGUGCUCCUGUAUGUUUCUUCACAAGGCUGGAAGGAUCCUAUGUCAUGUAACCUAAUUCUAAUUCUUAAGGUCUGGAUGCCAUGCGGGGAGAGCAAGUGGAGUCUUUAAAUGGAUGCUAGAACAACUGCAGCUUAAUGUAAUUGUUCUGGUAAGUAUAGUCAGUCCCUGCAGGCUUUUUGAUAUAAACACUGCCUUUUCAGAGACAAGGCAGUGUUUACAUUACAGCCUAGGGACACCUCCAGUGCCCACUCCCAAGAUGGCCACUGGAGAUACUUCCUGGCUAAUUAUUGCACAAUGUGUAGCACUGAUCUUCAGCAUCUCCACGCUCUGCAUGGAGAGACUGAACUUUUUUCAUAGUGAUGCAUUGAUUUAUCAGUUUCCCUGAGCCAUUACCACCACACUACAAACCUUAAUGAUGUAUUGCCUCUAAGGUUGCCUUACUCUAAUCGCCGCACACUACACUGUCUCCUUGGGGGACGUUUAUCGCACUUUGUUGUUCUGAAAAGUGAUGUAAAGAUGUAAAAGGGGAGGAGUGACCAAUGAAUUGUACCUCUUGAUUCCACUGACAUCAUUGGUGAUUGCCCAUUACGUGGUACGUUUUUAAGAACACACUUAAAACGGCACUGUAGGCACCAUAACUGCUUCAUCUCAAUAUGGAGUACCUUGAUGCUAUCUUUUCGUUGAGAAUUAAAUAAAUUUUAUUAUUUUGAUGUUACACAAGAGUCCCCAGCAGCCCACCCCAUCUGCUGCUUGAGCUAAUGAGGAAGCAUUUGCCUGAGCAGCAACAGACAGCUAUGAUUGGCUGAGAGUGUCAGCUGACUGUAUUCAGCCUAUUACAGUGCUAUUGCAGAAAUGAUGACAGAUGGUAUGACUAGUAUGUCUGUAAUCUCUGACUUAGCCAUACCUUCAACAGGGGCUGAACUAUGGGAAGCCAGGGACUCUCAUGAAGUGUUAAACUGCUUGAAAAUGGUUUAACACUGAUUAAAUGGACAGUGCCAGGGGACUCUGGGCAGUAUACCCAGUCCAAUGAGAUUAAAUGGUUAUAUUGCCUACAGUGUACGUUUUAAGGUUUGCUUCAAGAAUCACAACCAUAGCAGCCUACUGGUAAUGUGGUUGACCAUUUUGAAAUGCUUCGACCUCUUACCUAGUCCUACCAAGCACUAAGAAUCCUCUCUUGCUGACCGUGACAAGUAUACCAAAUCCUGGCCACUCCGCUCUCCAGUAAAUUCACUUUUCCUCUUUGCUACAGAAUAUCCAGCUUCCUCUAAGAUCUUAUUCAAGCUAACCCCUUUUAUAAUUGUGUCUGGUCCUGCUCAAGCAUUGCAGAAAUCAGACCAUGUAAAGACAGUACAUUUGCCACUGUGCAUGUAAUCAAUACAAGCAUAAUUGGUCUAACUAUGUAACUAAGUAACGGCUGUAAUAGUAAUUUUAAAGAUAUAUAUAUAUAGUCCCUGCUGGGCAAUAUCUGCCUUUGUACAAGUUGUAAAGAAAGAUUCAUCUUCAGAUAGUCUGAUACUAAACACUAUUUCAUGCUGUGAAACCUGUUUAUUUCACAAAAUGUUGUGUAGUUGAUACAUAACCUUUUUCAGUUCAAUGCCUUUAUGAUACAAAACAGGAAAUGCUCUACAUUGCUGCCUUUCCUUGAAAAUAGGGCUGCUUAAAGGGACACAAAAGGCACCAAGACCACUUCAGCUCAUUAAAGUGGUCUGUUGUACACAGUCCAAGGUCCUAAACCCUGCAAUGGUAAUUAUUGCAGGUUUUAAUAAACUGCAGUAAGUACCCUUUGUGGGUUAACUCCACCUAUACAUGAGGGACAAUACUAAUGCGAGCACAGCCAUUGCUGCGCAUGUGCAUUUGGUCUCCCGUGCCGGCUGACAUUGACUUGGGAGGAGCAGAGACGGAGCCCGAACCAGCGCCGAAGGACAUCGGUGCUGGACUCAAGUAAGUGACAGAAGAGGCUGGCGGGAGGGGUGGGGUGGUUGCAUGGUAGGGGGCACAUCUUUGGUUUGCUAGCACUAAAGUUUACAUUUGACCCUUAUCUCGAAUUGUUAUGCAAUAACCCAGGUAUCAUUAUGUAUACAUUAUAAUAAUGAAUGGGAAAACCAGUAAAUCUAUAAAUAUCACAUAUCUGCAGUUAAUGUCUGUUUUUUUUUUUAUUUUUUUAUUAUUUUUCACUCGACAGACAAAGCAAGUAUACAUUAACUGUUGGGCUUUCGCAGAAGCCAACUGAGAUACAGUUCGUGAAAAUAAUAUGCAAUUUGAACAGUACAAACCGAACGGUACUACACAUGCCCAAUCCUGAACCUUUUGUGGCUUGCAUCCCAUCGAGGGUAUUUUCAAUUUAUGGAGCAGGCAUGUCAGUGACCUUUGAAACCCUUUUCAACCAGCCCAAGGGCUUUUCUGUUCCUUCAAACCUUUUAGUCAUGCCUGGUAAAAAACAAAAUUAAAAAUAAACUGCCCCCUCCUGAAAUCAGGGGAAUGGCCAUAAUAAAAAGAGAAAAGAAACUCCUGCUAAGAGGGAGUUAGUGAAAGAAGCGGGAAAAAAAAAGGGAACUAUUAACAGAAAGAAAAGAAUGAAAAGAAGAAAAUAGGCAGAGGGGGAGGGGGCGAAGGAAGGGGGGGGGGAUGAGGGCCCCCCAAGCAUCAUAUGUUCUUCAGUAGGGGCUUCUGUUGUCGCUAUUGCCGGUUCGGAUCCUUUCUCUAACCAAUCCCCGUCAGUCGCUUCUUGAACCUAAUGCGCUGUUGUCCCACAGUUUCUGGAAAGUCCCAAUCGUCCCUUUUACCCUUGCUGUCAGGUCGUCCAUUAUUCUACAUUCCCUUAUUCUGGAUAUAACCCCCGGGAAUUUUGGGCCCUCUGGUGAAAGCCAUGCGGUUGCAAUUGCUAGGCGUACACUUAGUUAUCUUCUGUAUUAACUUCUGCUCCCUCCUGAUCCAUCCUUCCACUGACCUAUUGAGCAAAUAUACCCAAGGGUCCAAAGCCAGGGGCCUAUUGACAGUCUGUUUCAGCAGAUCCACAACAGACCUCCAGAAGUCUUGGGUUUUUGGGCACUCCCACCACAUAUGGGCCUAAAGUUCUCUGGUCGUAGUGGGUCUUUGUUCGGUUUGGGCAGUAAUACUAUGGUGGCCAGGGUCCUAUCAGGAUCUAGCCAUCCUCCCCUCCUCAGGUCAUCGAACAGUCACACUAGUUGUGGUACGAGCUCCUCUCUAAACGAUUUGUAGUAUGAGCCGUCGAAUCCAUCUGGCCCUGGCGCUUCGUUGCCUUUCAGGAUUGAUAUGGCUUUGUCCACUUAAUCUUCAGUAAUGUCUGUUGCUAGGCUAACUAUCGCCUCUCUAUUUAAUCUGUUCAUCCCUAGACUGUCGAGGUAAGUGAGGAUAUGUUGUUCCUCCUCAUUUGUGUUGCCAUCUGGUGUGUGAUUGUACAGCCGCUUACAAAAUUCCUCAAAUACCUUGGUUAUCUCACUUGGUUUGGAUUUGGUUGUGCCGUCUGGAUGUUUAAUAGCUGUGAUGUGGGGCCGGACCUGUCUGGGUCGCAACGUCCUGGCCAGUAGAGUGUCCAUCUUGUUAACGUUUCCAAAGUAUGCCCGUCUCGUCCAGGUCAUGGACCUAGCUGUGUCGUCUAGUAAUAGUGUACGAAUAGAUCGUCUGCGCUUAACUGUUCGUAGGUAUCUCCCCCAGGUGCAGUUUUGUGUUUUUGCUUGAGGGUUCUCAACUGUCCCAGUAGGUUUUCCAGCUGUUGAUGUUUCAGUUUUUUCUUUCUGGUGUCAAAUUUAAUCAAGGUCCCCCUCACUACAGCCUUAUGUGCCGCCCACACCGUACCCACACUUACUUCCGGGUUGUUAUUUGUAUCAAAAUAUUCUGUAAUCUCCUUCCGAAUCUGCUCUUUUAUUUCAGGGUCCCGUAACAGGGACUUGUUCAGUCUCCACGUCCACGGCGAUGCCUAGCAGAGGUUACCCAGGAUGAUGGAUACAUCGGCGUGGUCGGACCACGAUAUAUUGCGUACUAGCGACCCGACUACCCGAGACAUUCCCGUCCCGUUGGUCAGGAAUAAGUCGAUCCUUGAGUAGGUUUCGUGUAGGGCGGAAUAAAAUGAAUAGUCCUUCUCUGCCGGAUGUUGGUCUCGUCAUAUGUCUAUCAUCCCAGUGUCAGCUAUGAACUCUUUGAGAAGCCGGCCUAGACCACCCUGUGACCUUGGUAUGCCGUCUCGGGAGCUCCUGUCCACCACUAGACAUGGUGCCGCGUUGAAGUCGCCCCCCAUAUAUACCAUACCGUGUGGUAGCUCUGAGAGCCUCUCCCGUAGCAUAUUCCAGAAACUGGGGUCAGGUCGAUUCGGCGCAUAAAUAUUUAUCAGAUGAAUGGUGUGGGAGUGCAGGGUAUCUGAGACCAUGACAUAGCGGCCCUCUGGAUCAGCCUCAUGGGAUGUCACCUGGAAGGGGCAACUGCUUCUGAUAAGGAUGGCUACACCAUUACAUUUUCGGUGAGCCCUAGCUUCAUAUGUUCCAUUAUACGCCUGGCCUCUCAGUUUGAACUUGGCUUGUUUAGGCAGAUGGGUCUCCUGUAUGUACGCUAUAUCUGAUUUUAUCCUUUUUAAUUCUUUAAACAUAAGGCGGCGCUUCCUGGGAGCGUUGAGUCCCUUAACAUUCAGUGUCACUAUCUUAAUCUCCAUUGUGUGUAGUACUCGUCCCUACCAUGUGCAUUAGUCGCGUCAGCUUUCCCGUCUCUCACCCCACCAUUCAAUAAAAACAUGGCAACAUUUCAUUCUUUGUGUGUUGUUAGUUUAAGCAGACUGUGAUUGUCUAUUGUUGUGACUUAGAUGAUGAUCAGAUCACAUUUUAUGAUCAAUUUGUGCAGAAAUCCAUAUCAUUCCAAAGGGUUCACAUACUUUUUCUUGCAACUAUAUAUAUCUAUCACACAUAUCCUAAUUUUGCAGUACACAUUUCUAUAGCUUGCAUAUUUUUUUUAAAGAUUGCCAAUGAGACAUUUGCAAUAUGAAGCUACCUUUUGGUAAAGAAAUAUAUGCCAAAUGAUUAUACAACAUCUGUUCAUCCCUAGGAAUUGUUACUUAGCAACAGUUUGCUCACUUGCGAGGGUCCUUCAGAUGAACUCCUUCACACUGACAGUUAAAAAAUGUAAAGUACGCUUUAUGUUCUAGUUCUAUGUUCACUUGACUUUGCAGUGAUAUUUGUUUGUAGAAAUAGCAUGAAUAGUUGUCCCUAUAAUUUUAACUGUUUCUUUGCAUAUGUAAGUAGACAUGCUUAAAAAAAAAAAGCACACAAAACCAAUGCUUAUUUGUGCAUGGCACAGCUCUUAUUUAGAAAGUUGUAAAUUUAGUCCUGGCAAAAUAUCGGCUUUAAUGGCUCAGUCAUUAUCCUCAAACAAAUCACAAUAAACACUGCUUUAUAGUGCUGUGUUUUAAACUUGUGUUAAUUAUGGGAUAUUUGAUUUGCACACAAAUGGUCAAGUGGCUUUCAUUCAUCUACAGCCCAGCAGGGAAAUAUUGUCAGUCUUUAGAAGCAACUUGCAAGAUAUUUUUUAGUAUGUUUAUGUAUGCUUAAACAAACAAAUAUGUAUUCCUAAGGCUUUAGUUUUUAUGUAACUGUACUAAUGUCCCCAGUGCCGUGUGAGAGCUCUAAAGGGUGAAUUUUAUUAUUUAUCACUGUAUCAGCGUUCUAAUUUAGUCUCCAUCUUACUGGCAUGCCUCUUCUGCAUUAUUGAGAUUAAUGAUCUCAGGCAAUCCAAUAUUUUCCCAUUGAGAUAAAGUGGUUUGGGUGACUAUAGUGUUCUUUUACCUUAGAGAGGGUUCAGAGAGGGGCUACUAAACUGGUUCUAUGUUUCUAUGUUUAAUUAUAGUGUCCACACAGAAAGCGCUCAAGUUUGAUGAAGUGCGUUGCGUCUGGAGUCUGUCAUAUUUAUGACAGUUUAUAAAAGAGCUGAUUUCAAUAGUUUUUCACUAUUAGAACUGAGAGGAGAAACACCAUUCUGGCUGUCAGGCAGCCAAAAGCGAUUGUUGUCCUAAUUGGAGGGUGAGGGGUUGGCUGUUUUUAUUAGGGUCAGAGAGAUUGGCAAUCUUUUCACUCUGCAGCUCUUAAGGCCAAAUGACUGGGCAUUUUGUAUUUGUUAUUAUUGGGCUCAAGGGUCUUUGAGAUCUGCUAGCCCCUUUCAAUUGUUAUCCACUGCCCAACUCUCACAGGCCUGGAGCAAGGUGUAGGGGUAAUUUUCCAGGCAUUGUCCAGUUUUAUAUUACCCUUCACCCCAUCAUAUAAGGAACCAGUAGAGAAGUUUGACAGGAGCCUGGUCUGUAUGUCUGUCUCUUCCUCUCCCUCUCCCUCAUCACAUACUCCAGCCAGACAUGAUUGUGUUUAAUUGAACCUUUUAUUUUCCCAUUCAGUGCCACAGCCUGGGUGUGCUGCUUUCUACUGUGGUACUGAAAUGGUUAUGCUAGGUAACCUGGUUGUCAUCUGGCAUCAUAAUUUCUAGUGGAACCUCCCAUCUUUUUCCACUAGAAGUAAGAUUAAUAUGGAUGGCCUUGUUUUUUCUACAAUUUCCUACAGAAUCUUUGAAAGCUUUUUUUUUUUUCCCCAUGGUAAGACAAGACAUAUGCCAGCUAGUAAUAUUAUUUUGACAUACUUUUGACACUUUACUAGAAUAAAACAGUGUCAAGCUAUAAUAAAAUGACCCUGCGGUCUACAAAAUAUGCUCAUGUCAAAAAUUGGAAAAAUUCCAGUAGUGAGUUGGUUUGAGUGUCCAGAAGUUUUAUUUCUUUGGGUUUUUUAUUCUCCUGUUGUUUUUGUUGUUGUUGUUGUUGUUUUUGUUUCCAAUCAAGUUGUUUAUAGUUGCCAUUUAUUGUGUAACAAAUAAAAGUGUGAAAUGUUUAAAGUACCACUAAUGGCACCCAGACCACUUCAUCUCAAUUGAGUGAUCUGGGUGCAGUGACCAUGUAGUUAUCCUUGCUAUGUGAAAAAUACUGUUCUCCUACAUUUGAUUGGAGCAGAGUGUCAAUUUGCUGCCCAUGCAUAUAAGCCUCCCAAUGCUUCUCUAUAAGAAAGCAUUGGAUUGGCUGAGAUCAUCAAGGUUGAUGAUCUCCAUUAAGGAGGCAUGACUGUAGAGAGCAACGUGGCGAUGAAGAAAAGUUUAAGUGGCUCAAUCACCUUAAACUUAACUUUCCCUUAUUGUUUCCUUUACGCUUUCGCUUUCAUAAUCUGUUUUUCUUUUCUUCAUUUCUGAUCUAUUUCUCUUUAAAACGAAGACAAAGUAAGGACUAUUUUGUCUUAUGUAUUUUUCCUACACUUGGCAAUAUUGCAUUGGAUCUUAAUGCAAGCUUCAACCUUUGUUAGCUUGAGAAAGGAAGAAUUGUUCAUCAUAGGAAAAAAUACAUAAGACAAAGUAAUCCCUAUUUUGUCUUCUGUCUUAAAGAGAAAUGAUCAGAAAUGAAGAAAAGAACAUUCUUAAAGCAGAAGAUAAGGGGAAACGAUAAGAGAAAGGUAAGUUUGAGGUUGCAGAGAAGCUUUAAGUAAACUGCUUCAGCACAGUAUAAUGUUAUGAAUAUAUUUAUAUUUAUAAGGCUGUAGUGUUCCUUUAAGUCUGAAACACACAAAGUGAAUCUGUUGUGACAGGUUUGCCUGCUUUCUGCUUUGAUUGCUCUGCUUGGUGAAAUUUCCCAGUGCAAACUUCCUCCAUAACACCAAAAUGCUGGCUUUACUGCUUGGUGCUAUGCUCCGUGGCCGUGCCAGAUGUUUUAGAUAUGAAGUAACUAUAGCAAUCAGAACAUGUGAUGUGGUUGAUAUUAUCAAUAUAAUUAUUUAUAUAGCACCUAUUUCUGGAGCAUUUUACAAUUUUAGAAUGGGCAUAAUUGACAACAAGUAGUUGACUGACAUACAAAAUAUGAACAGAGACAAGAGGUGAAGGCUAUUGCCGGAGAGCAAAAUAACAUAUAGGAUGUCAGUCAUGUUUCCAUGUCCGUUUAUUAUUUAGCAUAGAGGGUAAUGUAAUUAAGUGUUGGAAUGACCUACUUUUAAAAAGCUUUUUUCUUUCUCCUAAUCUAGACAUUUGCUACCACAAUGUAUACAUGAAGUAGUAGUGUGUACCAUGCCAGGUAUUCUUUAAAUGUUGGUCAAAUUUUGUUUUAGGAUUAUACCCUUAUCCUGCCUUGCAGCAGUUUUCUAUGUGGCUCUUUCACCAUGUACAUUUCUCAUAUCUCUUCAGUCCACAUAGCUGUCUCUCACCUUACAGUAAUCAAUCCAAUACCUUCACCAGCUCUCUUCCUCCACAGCUAUUGUGCCUUUGUUCCUGCUCCGCUCACUACUUCUGUUUCCUUCCAGCCUUUAGAAACACAUUCCUACUCCUAUAAUGUGCCCUUUCAUCCCUGUCUUAUCUUGAGUUCUCUUGGUGCCACUUCCCGCCUCCACUACUUACAACUUAGAGCUGAAAGCUCCUAAGCAGAAGCAGGGCUAGCUCAUUGGCUGCACUUCUGGACUUAACUCAGACAGAGAGCAUUUUUGCUCUGUUGGAAGUAGUAGAGGCAAGGAGUGGCCCCCAGCAGGCCCAGGUAAGAAGCCAAACCAUUCUAAAAUGCUCUUUUCUUUUCCAAUUGCUAAAAAAACGCAUUAAGAUACACUUGUCCUGCUUGACCUUCUUUUGUAGGGAACACCUUUAGCGUUCUGAAUAUGUAUACAAGACCUGAAACAAUGGUUGAAAUUUUAUAUUUGCAACCACAACCAAGCAAGCACUCCCAAACCAGCCAUAUUCCAAAAUAGAAACAAAAGAUGGGUGCAUGUACUAAAAUAUUAUUACGAAUCAACCCAGAAUAGUGAGUUGACACAUAAAACAUACCAAAAUGUAGUUUUCAGUGUGCAGCUAAAAAUUUAUUAUAUGUAAAACAUAGGAUAACACUUAUACAGUAUACCACUUUUACACCACUGCAUACAUAUUCAUUUACUAAAAGAACUGCACUCUUAUAAAAGCACAAUAUGAUUUCUAUGGUUACUUCUAGCCCCAUCAAUCUUUCUCCUCGUACCACCACGGUUUCCUAAUAAUGUUAUACACCUUUCAUGCCGACCUGGUGGCUCUGUAUCCUGAAUAUAACAGGAGGCACGGUGAUUUAUUUCUGGAAUAUUAUUAUUGUUUUCUUAGAUAUGACUUCUAGCAGAGCGCAUGGCUCCUAAUUGUUGAUUAGAAUAUCAUAAGGGCCCAAUGUCUGCUAAGCAGAGCGGCCAAAAGGAAAACGAAUACGAUACAUGAAUGUCUGUUGGAUGCAAAGUUUCACACCUAGUGAGGGGAUGCAGGAAGGAAUCCAAUUCACAACCUUUUUCCUAUGAUUUGACAAAUAACUGCUAACUGCCAGAUUAACCCUUUCAGUGCUGUAAUCAUCCUUACCACCAUUUCAUGUAUCCACUAUGCACGUUACAUUUAUUGACCGUAUUUCUGCAGUAGAACAAUAAAUUAUGCUUGGUGGGCAUGACACUGUAUGUUGAUUAUGUUGCAUUUGUACUGCCUGCUAAGAAGUGUUGCUGGUGCUUUUAUUAAAGAAAAGUACAUUCGCUUGUAGGUGCACGGAGCUUCACCACCCUAGACGCUUCCUUUUAUUAAGACAGCAUACUGUCUUAAUUUAUGGGGGGUGGGGGCGAGAAGAUUGCAUGUAAACUAUGUAUUUCUCUCUUAGUGUCACAAACAUUUGAAGAAGUGAAAGAACACAAGGGUCAGAAGAUAAAUAUAAAUUGUUUAAUGAAGUCUUAUUUCAGUGCAUGUGUUUAGAAUUUUCACCAUUCUGUUUGUUUAGUUACCGUAAGUCUUGAAUUUUGUGUAAACCUGCCUUUUGAGUUUUGUACUGAAAAAUGAUCAAUAAAUGAAAUCAUAAACAGAAUGUGAUAUCAGUGGUAUAAUACUUGAUUAUUUAUAUUUCCUAGUAAUCUAGGAUAUGUAUGUAUUCCAACAUUUCAAAUGGUUAUAGCAGGAUAUUUUUGUUUAUUUCCUAAAAUGUCCUGCUGGUAACUAUUUAAUAACCUGAAAAUGUAAUUGUGAACAUCUCAGAAUGUCACAUUUCCAUUGAUUCCUGGUUAAUCUUUUUUAAUAACGUGUUUAUAUUCCUUUCUGUAGUAAUUAUUGAGUCAAUGAAAGAUAUCCCACCUCUAAAUGAAGACAGUGUGGUUUUUAAGGAAGAUCGACAUUCUAUUGGAAAGGUACGUUGCAUGAGUGAUUAAAAUUAAAACAAGAUAAAGUGUGUGUGUGUGUAUCUCUCUCUCACUCUCUAUAUCUAUGUAUAGUGGUGAGUGCCACUAUACUUGUGUGUGUGUGUGUGUGUAUAUGUAUGUAUGUGUGUGUGUGUGUGUAUGUGUAUAUAUAUAUAUAUAUAUAUAUAUAUCACACACACAAGUAUAGUGGCACUCACCCUUUCAAUGAAUCAGUAAAAGACUGCCUUGGUGCAAUCCCACGCUGGAUAUGUAAAGCAAAAAGGAAAGAGAUGCACUCUCAGGUCUUAGUAAAAUAUACUCGAUAUUAUUUAAUAACAGGUAACAUACAUCUGAUCGACGUUUCAACCUCUUCAGGUCUUCCUCAAGAUCUUGAGGAAGAGCUGAAGAGGUCGAAACGUCGAUCAGAUGUAUGUUACCUGUUAUUAAAUAAUAUCAAGUUUUUUUACAAAGACCUGAGAGUGCAUCUCUUUCCUUGUUGCUUUAUAUAUAUAUAUAUAUAUAUAUAUAUAUAUAUCUAUAUCUCUCUAUAUAUCCUUGCAAAUUGCCCUUCACGGUUAAAGGGACAUUGUAGGCAAUGUGUCUGCUUCAUCUAAUUAAACUGUUUAUAGUUUCUGGAGUUCCCUGGUACCAUCAUUUCAUUAAGACUUAAACUGUUUUUAAUAUUUUAAUGCUCAACAAGAGUCCCUGGUAGUCUAUCCCUUCUGUGCUGCUUUGGUUAAUAAGGAAGUAUUAGCCUGAGCAGCAAUGGGCAACUGUGAUUGGCUGAGAGUGUCAGCUGACUAUCAAAGCUCAAUCUGACAGUAUGAAUGGGUAUGCGAACAAGGAAUUGUGUAAUCUCUGCCUUAGGCACACCUCCAGAAGGGGCUUAUUUAAUAUUAAACAUGGUUUAAAACUAAAUGGAGGCACAGUGCUAAGGGACUCCAUGCUCUAUAACCAUUUCAAAGAGAUAUGGUUAUAGUGACUACAAUGUCCCUUUAAAGAGUUACUCCAACCACCAUGAUCACUUCAGUAAUUUGAAGUGGUCAUGGUGGUUGGAGUAUGUAUGUACAACAUUUCAUUUUGAAACGCUGCACAUACUGAGAUUUUUAAUUAUGUUCUGGGGACUUGUUGCACUCCACAUGUGCAGCUGUGACGGCUCGCAAUUCUAUUCAGCUCUGCCUAUUGUCAAAUCUGUGCAUAUUUUGGGUCUGUCAUCAGCGUGUGCACUCCACACUGGCAACAGACAUAUUAAUCUUCUUUUUGCAAGCAGAGCGCCUGCAAAGGGAAUAUAGCCUUCCCCUUCCCCUUCCUGGGGGUACUCCCAUCUCCUUCUUCUAACACAUGUGGGAAAAAAACUUCCUUCUCGUUGCUGUCCCGAGUUGGAGAGGAUAGGACCUAAAGUAUAAUGCCCAGUAGGGUAUUAUGCUUUUAAAACAGACACAGGGAAAGAAAAAAACAUUAUCUGCCUGUUUAUAUAGUAAACAUGGCUCUGGUGCAAUGCGACUAAUAGUGUGAAAUUUUUGUGAUGGGGUUGUGCAUUUCAUGUUUUAACACUUCUGCGUUGGAGGGGUUUCUCUUUGCUGAAACAGUUUUAUGUAAAACAUUUGAAUAUGAUUUACCUCACCCUAGUGGAAUUAGUCUAGAGCUAUUCCUGGGCACAUCUUAAUAUGUAUGCAGAAGGAUUAACCAAGUGUGAAUUCUAUAAAAACUGGAUUGUGGGAUAUGGUGAAACUGAAUACAUUUGGUAAUUACCAUUCCAAGACUUUAUUUUCCACAGUAAUCUGGUUGCUGCAUUUCUUCAGAAAUCCCAGAUGAACUAACAGUAUACUUAAUAUUUAGUAUUUUUAGCAAAAGAUUGAUUUUUUUUUUUUCAUGUCCAUUUAACACAAUUGCUGAUGUAUGUAGCAUUCUUUUUUUAAGAUUAGUCUGCUUAACAAUAUUUAUGUGAAACAUUGAGGUUCGACUUCUUAUAUGAAAGUCAAAACAGAUCCGUACAAGGAAAGAAAGUUUAUUUCAGUCAGCUCAAAAUCAUUAAUCAGAAAGAAAGUCUCAACUGUAUGUUUUAAGACUGGUUUUAUUCUGAUUACUUUGGGGAAGAAAAUAAACUUUUAUUAUAAAUUUACAAUAGAAGACUGCUUUCUUUUAGUCUUACAUCUGUUCUUAAUUGUUUAUAUGUGACAGACAAGGUAGUAAAACAAUAUUAUCUUUCCUGUAAAUAUGGAUAAUUGUUUUACUAAAGUUUAAGCACAGGCAUUCAGGAUUUAUUUGAACCAAUCUGUCCUUUGUGUGCAGAGCCGAUGUUUGUAGCAGGCAUGCAUUUAGCUAGAAUUCCUCAGUGUGUCUGAGUGGAAAAGAAAUAUAGGAUGCUUAAUCUGUGACAAAAAGUCAGGAGCUAUUAACAGUUUAAUUGAUACGCUUUUAUGAAGAAGUGGGCUUUUAACGAUUUUUUGAAGGAGACUGGGUGAGCAUCUAACGGAGGAGGGAAGCGAGUUCCACAGGAACGGUGCAGCCCUCGAGAAAUCUUGAAGGCGAGCAUCAGAGGUGGGAAUACGGACAGAAGAUAGACGUAAGUCUUCAGCAGAUCGUAAGGGCCUAGACGGGACAUACUUGUGUAUAAGGGAGGAUAGAUAGGUGGGAGCAGCAUUAUGUAGAGAUUUGAAAGCAAGAACCAGAAUUUUAAAUUGAGCUCUAUAUUUUAUAGGAAGCCAAUGUAGGGACUGACAGAAGGGCGAGGCAUGGGAGGUGCGGGUGGACAGGAAGAUGAGCCUCGCCGCUGCAUUCAUUAUGGACUGUAACAGCGCAAGUUGGGAGCACGUAAGACCACUGAGAAGCGGAUGACAGUAGUCAAGGCUAGAAAGGACAGUGGAAUGGACCAACACCUUAGUCGCAUCUGGUGUUAAGUAGGGGCGGAUGCGCGCAAUGUUUUUGAGAUGGAAAUGACAGGCUUUGGCGAUUGAUUGAACAUGAGGCUUGAAGGAGAGGUCGGAGUCAAAGAGAACACCUAGGCAGCGAGCCUGUGUGGUGGAGCUGAUGGUAGCACCGUUGACAUGGAGGGAGACACACAGGAAUAACAACACUUGCGGGAGGAAAGACCAGAAUUUCAGUUUUGGGCAAGUUUAGUUUAAGGAAGUGGGCAGCCAUCCAGCUAGAAAUAGCAGAGAGGCAGUCAGAGACACUAGUCAAGAGGGACAGGGAGAGAUCAGGAGAGGACAGGUAGAUUUGCGUGUCAUCAGAAUAGAAAUGAUAUCGGAAGCCAAAGGAGCUAAUGAGUUUACCAAGGGAGGCAGUAUAGAUGGAGAACAGUAGGGGACCAAGGACUGAACCUUGGGGGACACCAACAGAGAGGAGUUGGGGAGAAGAAGCAGAGCCAGAGAAAGAAACACUGAAAGAGCGCUGGGAGAGGUAGGAGGAGCACCAGGAGAGAGCAAUAUCUUGUAGACCGAUAUUGCGGAGGAUGAGAAGAAGCUGUUGAUGAUCAACAGUGUCAAAAGCCGCAGACAGGUCAAGGAGAAUUAGGAUAGAGUAGUGACCACGAGAUUUUGCAGCGAGUAGAUCAUUGGAUACUUUGGUCAGUGCCGUUUCCACAGAGUGCUUAGCGCGGAAACCAGACUGAAGCGGGUUUAGCAGAGAGUUGGACUUGAGGAAGUCUGUCAAUCUCGCAUACACAAUUUUUUUUCAAAGAUCUUGGAUGCAAAAGGCAGUAGCGAGAUAGGACGAUAGUUGGAUGGGGAGUUAGGGUCAAGAUUGGGCUUCUUUAGAAUUGGGAUUACAGUUCCAUGUUUGAAUGGCAAUGGAUAUAUACUAGAGGAGAGCGAGAGAUUGAGAAUUUUAGUGAGGUGGAGAAAGAGAAGACUGAGUACGGGUGAGAUGCAAGGGAAUUGGAUCUAGGGAGCAGGUGGUGGGGCAGAAGGACUGGAGCAGAGCAGAAACCUCUUCUAAUGUAGCUGGUGCGAAUGAACAUAGAACAGCAGAGGGAGUGAAGUUAGGGGAAGUAUUGUAAGGGGAAGAAGAAAGAUGAGAGCUCUCUUCUCUGAUUUUAGAGCUCUUGUCAGUGAAGUGAGUUGCAAAGUCUGAGGCGGUCAAGUUAGUAGAUGAAGGAGGAACAGCAGGGCGAAGAAGAGAGUUAAAUGUGUGAAAUAGUUGUUUGGGUUCGCGUGAGAGUGUGGUUAUGAGGGUAUGGAAGUAAUUAACUUUUGCAGAGGAAAGAGCCAAGCUGUAUGAGCUCAGCAUAAAUUUAUAGUGGAGAAAGUCAGAUGCACAGUGAGACUUUCUCCAAUAGUGUUCAGCAAUUCUGGAGCAUUUUUGGAGGUGAUAUGUGUGGAUGUAUUUCACAUAAAGAGGAACAUGACAUGAGUUUCAAACUGCACCCUCAAUAUGUUUUUGAACUGAAUUUACCAUUACUUUAUCUACAAUCACAGACUUGCAGGGCAUAAGGGGGAUUUAGAACCAAAAAUAUUGUAGCAUGUUUUCAAGAUUUGGUUGGGAUGGGGUGCUGACCACAGCAACAGCCACCAUAGGUAGGAACCAAAUAUGCAAAUAAACCACAACAUACUCAUUUUCCUCUGACAUGGUUGUAUCAGUUACAAGAACACCUAUUGUGAUCAUUUGUUUUGAAUUUAAGAAAACUUUCAGGCCUCUGGAACUCCUCGGGUCAUUAGGUCACAUGGAGCAGGGCCGAUUGGACACAGGGAGCAGGGGCUCUCAGGCCUUUAGAACACCGGGAGCAGGGGCCCUCAGGCCUUUAGCACACCGGGAGCAGGGGCCCUCAGGCCUUUAGCACACCGGGAGCAGGGGCCCUCAGGCCUUUAGCACACCGGGAGCAGGGGCCCUCAGGCCUUUAGCACACCGGGAGCAGGGGCCCUCAGGCCUUUAGCACACCGGGAGCAGGGGCCCUCAGGCCUUUAGCACAGCAGGACCAAACCUUGACUAUAAAGCCUAGGGUUAGGCUAGACUUUAUAGGGAGAACAUAAGUACAAUGUAGGGCCAUCUGGGAACAGUCCUGUCUCUGCACAGUGUACACCAGCCUGCAACAGCACCAAAAAAAAGUAGCUGCACUCUGAGGUACUGCACUAGAUUGAAAAAGUCAGAAAAGUAGAAUUGUGACAAAUGCAGCUUUAGACCCACUCAUUCAAGCUAUUCAAUCUAGAUUAAAAGUUUCAAAAAGAGAGGAAAAGUAACCAAAACAAAGCAUUGUUCUUAAAGGCUUUCUGCAACCCUUUUUCACUGAUGAUAGAACAAUGCCAAAAGAGAAUUCUAUCAGUCCCCUCUAUAAAAUUGUUGGAAGAGCAUUUUUAAAAUUGUUAAACUUAUCUUAAUCCAGUGCCUGGCGAAGCUCCCCGGUGUCGUGUGCUUGGCGCACACCUGUCUUAUGUCAUUGGAGAUGUGCCGAGGUCCAAUCAAAGGAGGUAGGGUGGGCGGGGAUUUAAAAAAACAAACAAAAAAAACCUUGCAAAUGGAGGUUUUGUGUUAGGUAGGGGAGACGAGCUCCCUUGCAGACGUAACAGAAGCCUUACAUCUGUCGCCAGUGUGCAGUGCGUGCUGACAACAAAUGUAAUUUAUGCACAGAAUUGACAUUAUGAAGCCCAGGAAAUAGUUUUGGGCUGCCUAAGUCAUAUAUGGUGGGGUUGCAACUUGUCCCCAGCAAACAUUUAAGUACUUCAAGCUGAAACACUGUACAUCCAGACUCCUACCACCAUGAUUACUUCAAAAAGCAGACUUGUUCAUGGUGGUUGGAGUAGUCCUUUAAAGUGAUGAAAGUAAAGGGAAAAAAAUCAAGAUAAUUUUAUCAAGAUGUAUAAUUUGUAAAAAAAUAAAUAAAAAAAAAAACAAUUUGAGCCCAUACAAAAGAGCAAUAUUAAUGUUUUCUAUUUUAUCAAUAUGUUCCAUACUUUUUGGUGUACACACACACACACACACACUAUCUAUACAUUGUAGUAACAAAGCUUUUAGGAAACGUUUAGUUUCUUUAAACUGAUUUAAAAUAAUGGUCCUUUCUCUCACAUGUCAAUUCAUAGCUUAGUCUGGUUAACCCUCUAUGCCGAGAACUGACUGCAAGUAAAGAGUAGUAGAAACCCUUUACUAGUGUCAUUUCUGCACUCCUACACAGCACCUACAGGAAAAACAUUGUAGUUGCUGUGUUCCUUUAGCCUUUUGCAAUGCACACAGCUACUAAAUCAUGGAGCUUUGGACAGGAGGUAAGUAGCUGCUUAAAACCAUACUGAACAAUGAAAUAUAUUCUUUAUUUCUCAGAUAAAUGAUACAUACAUCAUGGGACUUUAGCCAUUCUCGAGAACUUAACAUGCACAACCGAAGCUAAAGGAAAUACGAAAAAUGUAUUUAUCUGUCCUAAUAAAUUUAAUAUUUCUUAUGCCAAGACUUACAAUACAUUUUUAGCAUUUAUUGGUUAGAUAUUUAAGGAAGUGAAUUUUUAUAUCAAACUUUUUAAAAUUUGGUAUACUGAGACUGUAAAUUUAAUAGCCGUUUUUAAAUGCAUAAACCUUAUAUUUAUCCCCAAGCCGAAUAUAGUUGGGUUACAGCUGUAGUUAUUCUGAUUAGCAAAGUCUAUACAUUGCACAACUUUCUUUAACCCCUUAACGUUAGUAUGUUCUGUACUAUACUAAAUAUAGUGAGCAACGUGGAAUGUCUCUGUAUAGAAUAUUACCUUGUUCAAAAAGGAUGGCCACAUUUCAUUGUAGGUUUCUUUAAUUCAUAUCCAACAUACACAUGCGAACUUCUACUUAUUAAUUGGUUUUCUUUAUGCCUUAGUAUUUUUAAUUGUAAGAGCUACAUUUAACUUUUAAAGAAAAUACCCAAUUACAGUAAGGAUAUAAAAAUAGCCUUCCCAUUUUAUCCACUGCAUAACAAAAGAGAACUUGAGCAUGAAGCAUUGGUCAUAUCAGCUAUUCUUUCUCAUGUAUGUUCUUUUAAUCUUCUAGAACAGCGCCAGAUGGUUAACUUGGAACCUUUGUUUAAUAAAAGAUAUGAUUUAUGCUUCCACCAAAUAAAUGUUAUUAAUUAUUUGCUAUCUGCAAUAUUCCUGUGCGAGUUUUCUUUUCUUCUUUUUAUUGAGCUCCUGUCCUGCUGCUGUUAAGUGUCAUAUUUCUUAUUUUAUCUUUAAUCCACAGAUAUUUGAAAUAUUUGGUCCUGUUCCACAUCCAUUUUAUGUGUUACGGUUUAAUACGACAGAUCAAAUUAAAGAAAAAGAUAUCAAGAUAAAGGAUACUAUGUAUUUUGCUCUGAACAUUGAAGACUUUACACAGUAUGUAAUACCUGAUAAAUUAAAAAGGUGGGUAUUCCAAACCUUACUCUGCACAAAUCAAAUACACGUUUAACUAGAAUGUGUUGGCGCUAUAUACAUGGCAAUAAUAAUGUAAUGAUGUUUGGUUUAAAAUGUCUCAUGUGCAAAAGUAGCCAGCAUACAACUAAAACAUCUCGGACAUCUUGGAAGUCUGAUCUGUCAUGUAAUAUUUUGGUACAUGAUGUGCUACAUUUGGCCUCAAAUUCCAGUUGCUAAUAAUGGGAAUAACACAAAUGUGGAGAUGGUCAUGACAUAAGGCAUGACUGCUUGAGCAUGAAAUCCUAAAUUUCCCUAAUUUUGAAAAAGCGCUACGUUUUCUAUCAAAUUUACUGGUAACGCAAGGAUCUGUAUUUUUUUACACUUCCCAAUAUGUUUUUUUUUUUUUUUUUUUAGCCUUAUGUGA